AUGUCUGCACAGCGAUUGAAUGCGGCGGAGCGGGAUUUGGAGAAGUUCAUCAAAUACCUGGUGCUGAAGUCCACCCAGGUGGUGGUGCAGUCGCGCCUAGGAGAGAAGAUGCAGACUCAGUGCAACCCGUUGGCGGGAAGCGACUGGUUCAACUUAGCCGUGCAGGAUCACCCCGAGGUUCUCGAGGAGACCAAGAGAGCGCUGUUCCUGAAAAAUGGGGAGAGUAUACUGCAGCGUCUGCCCCUAUGCGUGGAAAUCUCUCUGAAGACCACAGAAGGCGACCAGAUGGUCCUGGAGGUGUGGUCGCUGGAUCUAUUGCAACCCUCGAAUGGUGCGACUCCUGCUGCAAACGACGCCAAAGGCGAGACAAAUGGCCUGAACGGCGAGGGGCAGACGCUGAAGGCGGCCCACGCCAUAUACAACCGGAUGGGCAUCAUGCUGAAGUCCCUAAUCUCGCUGACCCGCACUACACCCGCCUACAAGCUGUCGCGCCGCCAGUGCCCCGACUCCUACGGCAUCUUCUACCGCAUCUACGUGGACAGGCCCCAGGUGCACACUCUUGGCGAGGGUCACAAGCACGUGAAGAUCGGCCAGCUCAACACGAUUGUGGGCUCGCUGGUGAUGUCGGUGGCCUAUCGAACCAAACUCACGAUUUCGCCAACGACCGCCCAGGCGGAAAGCAAUACCAUCAUGCUAAAGUCCGACCACUUCAGGCCCGCCACGGACAUCACAGCGCCAAACACUCAGCAGCAACAACAGAACGGCACCGGCUUGGCCAAGAAACUAGGCAUGGGAGCGUUUAAUCCUGCUCUGGGAUCCGGCGACCGCCGAUGCAUCGACAUCGAGAAGCCGCUGCGACCGGGAGCGUUCGCGGAUAUGGGCAAGCUAAAGCAGUACACGGAGGACGACUUCGUACUGCCAGAGACGCCACCCUUCGAGUGGCUGCUAAAGGGCCGAGGCUCAGUGGAAUCCCUCAACCGCCUCGACAACAAUGUGACCGCCAGCGCCCUGAGCCUCAACAAUAACAAUAACAACAACCAUCAUGCCAAUAACUUCAACCACAGCAGUGGCCAGAGCAGUAAUCUCAACAACAACUCAAACGGAUUCAAGAGCUUCGAGAAGAACUCCGGUAGCUCCAUAUCGCCCAUUAAGAGCCUGCUCAUCCCCGCCACCGUCACAGCCGCCUACCGCCAUCAUUCGGAGCCGACGCUCCAGCCACCGCCCGAUGAUGACAACCUGCUGAAGGAACUGCACUUUCCCUUCGCCUCGCCCACGUCGCACGUGAAUGAUCUGGCCAAGUUCUACCGGGAGUGCUAUCAUGCUCCGCCCCUUCGCGGAUUGAACGAACUGCAGGCGGAAAUCUCGACGAUUACCUCUGUCUCAUCCGCUACGAACGGUUCGGGGGCAGCCUGCGGAGCUAUGGCGGCGGCAGCAGCGGUGGCCACCAGUGCCGCCGAUGCCAGCGCCAUGGACGAUCUGUCGCGGCAGCUGGAACAGUUUGAAACUUCGCUGGAGGACUACGACAAGCUGGUGUCCCAGUUCGGGCUGACGGGCUCCUCCUCGACGGGCAGCCGCAGCAGUGGCGGGCUGCAGAUGAGCAACUGAGUCGGUUACUAUUUAUGCUUCUUAAUGUGUCAUUAGUUAGUCCCUAUGUUUUAAGGUGCGGUCAAAGACGAUCCUUGAAACAAUUCCCGGAUAAUUGAAAUAUUGAGAGUUUUGAGAGUUGAAAUUAGUUGUUAAUAUAUAUUCUGGAAUUGUUGAAGGAUUGAAGAUGUGAAUAAUUGACCCGCCCGCCCCACUAUUUAUGUAUGCCAUUGUGUUUAGUUGAGUAAUAGGCUGCUUUAUGAUAUUACCCCGCUAUCUAUGUAAAUAUAGUAUAUGUGUAGGCUAUUGUAGGCUCUAGUUCCGUCUAAGUUGUACAUACAUAAGAGUAGAGAGCUCAUGUCACGUUUCAUGUAAAAGUUUCCAUUGCAGCAGUUUAGACCUUAGCCACAAAUACAUGAGUAAUUUAAGUAUCACAUGCAAAUGCAUAUAGGUGGCUAUGUGCGGGCAUUUGGUAGUAAGUUGGGCGUACUCGUCGCUUGUUUGUUUGUUUGUUUCUUUGUUCAAGUGCCUUUCGCCUGCUUGUAAGUGAAAAAAAUCGUGUAUGUACAUAAAUAAGUGUAGAUGAUAAAACAAAUUAAUCGAAAAGCUAAAAAGUUUAUUUCAGUCCUAAACGAAUAAAGCCUAAUGGUUGUUUUUUUUUAAAUCGUAAAAAUAUUAACUGUUUAAAAUCGAAGAUGCGAGACUAAACGAAAGACUUGAAGCAUAACGAAAUAUAUAUCUAUCCUAAAGUAGUUGUAACUAUCGGGAAGAUGAAAAGAACAGCUUGUGGUUUUUUCCUUUUCUUAACUUAUGAUGCCUAACGUUUGGUUUUGAAACUGCAAAUUACGCAACUUACAUAUGAGAAUCGAAAUUCGAGUAUACAUACAGCAAGUACAUUAAACAAUAAACUAAGAAAAUUUAUACAUAUAAACGAAUAAAAGCAAUUGUUAAUCAAGACACUAA